AUGAAGGAUAAGACACUAGCUAAAGGCAGCAAAAUGAAAAGCAAAAAGCAUCCAGCAGAUAGCAAAGUUUUCAAGGCCAAGAACAAAAAUCAACGUCAAGAUACCAAGGUCUCUCGGAAAAAGCAAUCUGCCAUACCAUCGAGUAAUCUUAACCGAAAAAAUCAAGAACUUGUGGCGCAAGAUAGCGAUGAGAAUUUGGAAGAAUUAGAGCUGUCCCCCAAGAUGCCAUUAAAGGCAAAUCCCUUUAGUGACGAAAAUGCAGAAUGGCUAAAGUUAGCAGCAGAGAAUGAUGCUGAAAGUGAUAAAGAUUCCGAUGAAGCGAUUCCCGAUGAAUUCGAUGAGUUGCCUGAGACGGAAGAAUUACCUGAUGAAGCAAGCCUUAAUGGAAGUGACAUUAACGACUCCGAAUAUAGUGAUGAUGACUCUGAAGAUGAUGUUAGCAUAAAUGAUAUUAUGAAACUUCUACCCAUUGAAAAAGCUUCCCAAAAACUAGAUAAAAAAUUAUCUAGAAACAGGAAAUUAGCAGAAGAAGAACUGAAAACCAACAUUGCUCAGUCAGAAGUUUUUGUCUUGCCUAGUGGCCAGGAAAUUGAAAAAGAAAAUAUCCUUUAA